GCAGCUACAAGAAAUCCACACACGAUCCCGUAAUAAACUAAUAUUUUUGGAGGCAAAAUUCGCAAUUGAACUCUCUAUAAAUAGGGAUGAACUUAUCCACGCAAGUCCGCGUCAGUAUUUCGAUACUGUUUCGUCUACGAAAUCUCAGUUACCGGCGCGCGAUCGCCGGAAAACAGCGAUCGAGGUGUAUGAUUGGAGUUUGAUUCUCUUGUCGGAACAUCUAAUUAGAGUAUGGGAAGUAAGGUGUGGUUGAUAAUUGCAAUAUUUGGUUGUCUGUUUGCGUUCUCAUCGUGUAGAGAAUUGAAGGUGAAGGUGAAACACAGUCAUGAUCAGCAUCGGCAAGUGUACAAUCGAACACUUGCAAGAAUAUUGGUGCAAUAUGCUUCAGCUGUUUAUUUAUCCGACUUAACUGGGUUGUUUACGUGGACUUGCUCAAGAUGUAAUGGUCUAACUAAGGGGUUUGAAUUGAUAGAAUUGAUUGUCGACGUGAAGCAGUGUCUUCAGGCCUUUGUUGGUUUUGCACCUGAUCUUAAUGCCACUGUAAUAGCAUUUAGAGGGACUCAGGAACAUAGUAUACAGAAUUGGGUGGAAGAUAUAUUCUGGAAGCAGCUUGAUAUCGACUAUCCUGGAUGCAAUGGUGGAAAGGUUCACCAUGGUUUUUAUAAUGCUUACCACAACACACUGUUGCAGUCAAGUGUCCAGAUUGCUGUUCAAAAAGCAAAGGAGAUUUAUGGAGACAUUAGAAUUAUGGUAACGGGGCACUCGAUGGGAGGGGCAAUAGCAGCUUUCUGUGGACUUGAUCUUCGUCUUAGUCUUGGAGAGAAGAAUGUUCAGGUCAUGACAUUUGGGCAGCCUCGCAUUGGAAACGCUGCUUUUGCAUCCUACUUUACCCAAAUUUUACCGGAUACUAUUCGAGUUACACAUGCUCAUGACAUUGUGCCUCACUUGCCUCCAUACUUCACUAUUUUUCCUCAAAAGACAUACCGUCAUUUCGCAAGAGAGGUUUGGCUCCACAAUGUUACAUCCGAAAACUUGAGUUAUGCAGUUGAAACAGUUUGUGAUGGUUCAGGGGAAGACCCGACUUGUAGCAGGUCGGUGACGGGGAACAGCAUUGCUGAUCACUUGAACUACUACGGGAUUGAAAUGGGAUGUGAUGUACCAAGCUCAUGCACUCUUGUAAUGGACCCUCGUGUUGCUUUGUAUAGCAGAAGAGAUCCUGAUGGGAAUCUCAUCCUAUUCCGGGAUCCAUCGAUGACAUCAACUUCGAAACUAAACACAUAUAGAUCACCUCAGAGCAGCACUGUAUAGAUGAUGGGAAGCCAUUCCUGUUCAAUCAAUCCAUUCUUCUCAUUGAUGAAAGGCAAGCAAAUAGCUAACUCAAAUCUUUUAUUUUAUGCAUUUACUGCUUUUCCAUAUCCUAUGAUUUACUGCCUUAGUAACCAUAGGAUUACUGCUUCUCGGUAUCGAAAUUAUAUGUGAUCUUGAGAACGGUCUUUUAUUAUGUAUAUAAUGACAGAUCAGAACAUCUAAACUGCUUGAUUC